UUAAUUUCAGAUGACGAAGACUACGACGUCAACGAAGAAGAUGCACCUAGCACCUGGAACAAGGUGCUUUCAUGGAAAUGGAAGACGUCAUCGAACAGUCAACCGCAACAUCGAACGACCACUCCUCUAACAAGGAAACUGCCACGAAAACUCGCCAAAGCAAUGAGGUCAAGAGAGUCUCCAAGCUCAUCCAUGGACCCACGAUCCGUAUUCUACGAGGAGGAAAUCAAACUAUCAAUGCUGCGCCAACAAUUAGCCCUUGAGGAACUAAAGCUGUUGGUGAUUAAAAAUGAUCUCGCUCGGGCUCAACUGGAAAGGGAAACGAUAGCCACGGAACGGGAACGCUUUGAACUGGAACGGGCAAAGCAUGUGAGUGUUACUGGUUACAUAAUGACAAAAAUGUCUAUAAAAUUUCAAACCCUUAAAAAUCCAAUGAGCGACCCGCGAAAUUCAGUGACCACCUCAAGCAAAAUAAGAAGAGUAAGGAGGAAAGUAGUUCAUAAGAAUUUACCUGAACCAUUCAGCCAUAACCAAUGGGUAACGCCGGUAAAACGUUGA